UAUAAAGAAGAGAUUCGCUGUGUCUGCAAAUGGACCUUCAGCGAAUUUCAUUCUUAACUUUGAAUAUUUGGGGUUGAUGACACGGUCCACUGGCAGAUCAGUAACACAGCAAUUCUCAUUCUUCUUGCUGUAACCCCUUUACCAGCGGGCUCUGAUUGCUUUGAGGUCUUUGGGUUUGACAUCUUGAUCAAUGACAAAUUCAAGCCAUGGCUUCUAGAAGUCAACUACAGUCCAGAACUGUGUUUAGAUGAUGACACUGUGGAAAGAAAACUUCUUUGUGAUAUUGUUAUACUGCUGAACUACAAGCAGAUUGACAUUUUGAGGCAAAAUCAGUUUCGAGGCAAGACUGGGAUAAAGGGUGGCAGAAGGUGGAUGCUCUGGAGCACAGCUAGUGAGAGUACCAUCGAGGAGACUCCUGGUUUCCUUGCUUGCAAAACAGUGGCUAAAUGUACUGCUGCUUCUUUUGUACAGCCUACCCUGCAGGCUGCAAGAGGAUCAAUUCAAAAGCUGGCUACCCUGACAGAGAAAACUGCCAGAGCACAUCGGAAAAUGCUGACUUCUCAGCUGCAGGAGAGGGUGAGCAGGCCAAAGAUACCCUCCCAAGCAAAAGCUGAAACUAGAAAUAACCAGUUCCCAGGAGCUGGGCAUUCUGCAUGCUUUUUAUGUCUCCUCCUUUUCAAGCCACAUUUUUGCCCCUUAUUUCAUUAA